AUGGCGGAUUCAACUGGAGAAGACAAGCCAACCCACCUGGCAACGACAGUUUCUGUCGGUAAGGGUGAGGAAGGAAAUGAAGGUAUCUAUGGGACAUACAAGGAUAGCACAAAAAUGGAACAUAAGGGCGCUAAUGUUGGCAAAAUGGGUUCACAAGCAGCCGUUACAAGCGACAUACUCGCGUCACAAGAAGCGGGUGCAAGCGGCAUACUCGCGCCACAAGCAGCGGGUAUAAGAGACAUACUCGCGUCACUAGCAGCGGGUGCAAGCGGCACACUCUCGUCACAAGAAGCGGGUAUAAGAGACAUACUCGCGUCACUAGCAGCGGGUAUAAGAGACAUACUCGCGUCACAAGAAGCGGUUAGAAGAGACAUACUCGCGUCACAAGCAGCGGCAACAAGCGGCACACUCGCGCCACAAGCAGCGGGUGCAAGCGGCACACUCUCGCCACAAGCAGCGGGUGCAAGCGGCACACUCUCGUCACAAGAAGCGGGUAUAAGAGACAUACUCGCGUCACUAGCAGCGGGUAUAAGAGACAUACUCGCGUCACAAGCAGCGGUUAGAAGAGACAUACUCGCGUCACAAGCAGCGGCAACAAGCGGCACACUCGCGCCACAAGCAGCGUGUAGAAGCUGCAUACUCGCGUCACAAGCAGCGGUAACAAGCGGCACACUCGCGCCACAAGCAGCGUGUAGAAGCUGCAUACUCGCGUCACAAGCAGCGGCAACAAGCUGCAUACCCGCGCCACAAGCAGCGUGUAGAAGCUGCAUACUCGCGUCACAAGAAGCGGGUAUAAGAGACAUACUCGCGUCACUAGCAGCGGGUAUAAGAGACAUACUCGCGUCACAAGAAGCGGUUAGAAGAGACAUACUCGCGUCACAAGCAGCGGCAACAAGCGGCACACUCGCGCCACAAGCAGCGGGUGCAAGCGGCACACUCUCGUCACAAGAAGCGGGUAUAAGAGACAUACUCGCGUCACUAGCAGCGGGUAUAAGAGACAUACUCGCGUCACUAGCAGCGGUUAGAAGAGACAUACUCGCGUCACAAGCAGCGGUUAGAAGAGACAUACUCGCGUCACAAGCAGCGGCAACAAGCGGCACACUCGCGCCACAAGCAGCGUGUAGAAGCUGCAUACUCGCGUCACAAGCAGCGGCAACAAGCGGCACACUCGCGCCACAAGCAGCGUGUAGAAGCUGCAUACUCGCGUCACAAGAAGCGGUUAUAAGAGACAUACUCGCGUCACUAGCAGCGGGUAUAAGAGACAUACUCGCGUCACAAGAAGCGGUUAGAAGAGACAUACUCGCGUCACAAGCAGCUGGUGCAUGCGAGAUACUCGCGUCACAAGAAGCGGCAACAAGCUGCAUACCCGCGCCACAAGCAGCGGGUAUAAGAGACAUACUCGCGUCACAAGAAGCGCGUAUCAAGGCCGAGCAUUCCCGUCCCAAGAAGCUGUUGCAGGCCGCGCAUUCCCAUCCCAAGAAGCUGUUGCAGGCCGCGCAUUCCCGUCACAAGCAGCGUAUCAAGGCAGCGCAUUCCCGUCACAAGCAGCUGUUGCAAGCCGCGCAUUCCCGUCACAAGCAGCGUAUCAAGGCAGCGCAUUCCCGUCACAAGAGGCUGUUGCACCCCCCCAAUUCAUUCCACAAGCAGCGUAUCAAGGCAGCGCAUUCCCGUCACAAGCAGCGUAUCAAGGCAGCGCAUUCCCGUCACAAGCAGCUGUUGCAAGCCGCGCAUUCCCGUCACAAGAGGCUGUUGCACCCCCCCAAUUCAUUCCACAAGCAGCGUAUCAAGGCAGCGCAUUCCCGUCACAAGCAGCGUAUCAAGGCCGCGCAUUCCCGUCACAAGAGGCUGUUGCACCCUUCCCAUUCUUUCCACAAGAGCCGCGCAUUCCCGUCACAAGCAGCGUAUGAAGUCAGCCCAUUCUCGUCACAAGAAGCUGCUACAGGCGACAUACUCGCGUCAAACGAAGCGGUUAGAGGCGACACAAUCUCGCCAGAAGCAGCGGGUAGCGGCGCCGGCAAAGAUGAUUCAGAAGCAGGAUAUAAGGAUAAAUGUCGUAAAACUUUGCGUAAAUUCCGGAAGCCUAUAAAGAAACGUUUCCGUUUUCGUAGUGAGUAUGACCGCAACUCUAGCAGCACUUCUGAGAGUUGCGGUAGUAGAAAUAUGGAACAGGUUAUCAUUGACACUGCCAAAUAUGCCGAAGACAUAAGCACUUUUGUCAAGCAUAUUGCGGAGAAUCUAGACCGGAUGAUUCAUUUUGGACCUCCCCCCCCAAAAGCACCAUUCAGAACGUGA